CCGUAUCAGUGCUCAAAGUGUGGAAAGAGCUUUAAUCAACAGGGUAGUUUGAAAAGCCACGAAAUCAUUCACACUGGAGAGAAACCUCAUCACUGCUCCCAAUGUGGAAAGAGUUUUAGUAGUCUACAGUAUUUUAAAACACACCAGCGCAUUCACACCGGAGAGAAACCCUAUCAGUGCUCACAGUGUGGAAAGAGUUUUAGUAACCUGGGUAGUCUGAAAAUCCACCAGCACAUUCACACCGGAGAGAAACCGUAUCAGUGCACACAGUGUGGAAAGAGUUUUAGUGCGCGAGGUGAGCUAACAUGUCACCAGCGCAUUCACACUGGAGAGAAGCCAUAUCAGUGCUUACAGUGCGAGAAGAGUUAUACCGCUCAGAGUGCUCUCACACAACACCAGCGCAUUCACACUGGAGAGAGGCCAUAUCAGUGCUCACAAUGCGAGAAGAGUUUUACUAACCAAAGUUAUCUUACAAUCCACCAGCACAUUCACACUGGAGAGAAACCGUAUCAAUGCUCACAAUGCGAGAAGAGUUUUACUUUUCAGAGUGCUCUCACUCGACACCAGCGCAGUUUCAGAUUGCAGAUUCAGAUUGACGCAGCAGUGGACUGGGUUAAAGGACAAGAGUUUUCUGAAGUACUUACGAGCACAUGUGACUAUAUUUAUCACAGUAUCAAGACGGUUUCUCACGCAGUGCCAUCUAAGAGCUCAAAGGUCACACGCAUUCAACUGUGGUUUCCUCUUUUGCCAGACUGA